CGUCCGACUCGCGAUUCGUAUGUACGUUCGGUUCUCGUGUUUCUUUCCCUCUUCUUUCGCUCUCUUUUUUUUUCUCUCUCCCUCCCCCUCUCUCUCUGUCUCUCGUGCGCGUUAGCCGAUACAAUCGAAGCCGAACGGUCUGAGAGGAGGCAGAAGAGUCGUUAUUCAGGACUCGAGGCGCCCUUCUCCCUCCGCCAGGCAGCUCGCAGUGGUCCUCAGGAUCGUACGUCCCCGCGUGAUUGCCCUCGCGGGCCGAUUGGUCGAGGAUCGAGAUCGAUAACUCGGGCGAGAAUCGAGUUGUCACAGUGCCGAGAUCGCGGUAAAUAUCCCGCGGGACUUCCGACGGGACGUGUUCCUCACCCGAGCGAAGAGGGAACCUCUGUGCGGCGAUCCGAUUGCCGAUAGACGACUGAUCGAAUUAGCGACAAGUGAUAAUCGCACGAGGAACCUGUCCCCGCGGCAGUGCUGAUCGGCGAGAAGGAAGACGCGCGUACUCUCGGAGCGACCCGCCUGUGUCGACCUGCAUCUAAUUUCUGCCGAUUAAGAUUAUGAGUUCCGAGCCGUGGACCUUGCCUCCGAAGCAAGGUCUAUAUGACCCUACCCUCGAACGAGAGGCUUGCGGCGUUGGCUUUAUCGUCGCCAUUGACGGGAAGAGGUCGCACAAGAUCGUACGAGAUGCUCAGACAUUGUCGGCGCGAAUGAAUCAUAGAGGGGCAUGCGCCUGCGAUAACGAUACUGGUGACGGUGCCGGUGUGCUUUGCGCAAUACCGCACGAUUAUUAUGCCAAUGAGAUUCGCGAACGAGGAAACAUCGAACUGCCCGAGUUCGGACGAUACGCGACCGGUAUAUUAUUCCUUGACAAAAACACCCAUAAGGAAGCAGAAGCCGCAUUUGAGAAGCUCGCUAAGGAGUGCAAUUUAAGAGUGCUGUGUUGGCGUACUGUUCCCACUGAUAGCACCCAGAUUGGCCAAGUGGCGAAGAAGUGCGAACCGUACAUGCGUCAAGUGUUCGUUACCGGCGAUCAAGAUGCGGAAACGCUUAAACGACAGAUUUUCGUGCUGAGGAAGAGAUCGUCGCAUUCAAUCCCGCGGCCGGAAUUGCGAUACUACAUUUGCUCGUUGUCGUUGAAGACGGUCGUCUACAAAGGUCAGCUCACCGCUGAUCAGUUAUGGCUGUAUUUCACGGACUUGAAGUCUCCGAAAUUCGAGACCUAUCUGGCACUGGUACACACACGGUUCUCCACAAAUACUUUUCCGAGUUGGGAAAGGGCGCAUCCUUUACGCUUGCUUGCUCACAACGGUGAAAUUAAUACCCUGCGCGGCAAUGUGAACUUCAUGAAGGCGCGCGAGGGCGUGAUGAGCAGCCAGAUAUACGGGGAUCAGCUGAAGCAGCUCUACCCUGUCGUAGAACCGAAUCUCUCUGACUCUGGAUCGGCGGACUGUGUACUCGAGUUCUUGGUGAUGGCGGGACAACGCUCGUUGCCCGAGGCUGUCAUGACGAUGGUACCGGAGGCUUGGCAGAACGACUUGACGAUGGCCACUGAAAAGCGGGACUUCUACCACUGGGCGGCCUGCGCCAUGGAACCCUGGGACGGCCCGGCUCUUCUGACCUUCACCGAUGGCCGUUACGUCGGCGCUACCUUGGACAGAAACGGCCUGCGCCCGUCGCGCUUCUACGUCACUAAGGAUAACAUGAUGGUGAUGGCGUCCGAAGUGGGCGUCUAUGAUACUCCGCCCAGCAAUGUAGUCCUGAAGAGUCGCUUGAAGCCCGGCCGGAUGCUUCUCGUUGACACCGAAGAGAAGAGGAUCAUACAGGAUGUCGAGCUCAAGUUGCAGAUCGCUCGAAGCAGGUCUCAUUCCAAGUGGCUCAAGGAACAGAGGAUCACCAUGGAUGAAUUGCGUGCCGCACAUGUUCGCAACAGCAAUGCAGGGGACGUGAUCGAGAACGGUCUGUCCGCCGAGACAGCCAUCGCGAAAAAGAACGCUAUCAACGGCGUAAAUGAGGUUUCGGUCGUGAAUAGAGUUUGGAGCGGCGACAAACGGCUCUCUCUUUACGGUUACACUUUGGAGACCAUCAAUCUAUUACUUUUGCCCAUGGUGCAAACUAAGAAAGAAGCAUUGGGAUCUAUGGGCAACGACGCUCCCUUGGCGUGUUUGUCUGAAUUCCAACCACUGUUAUACGAAUACUUCAAGCAACUAUUCGCGCAGGUAACGAAUCCACCGAUCGAUCCAUUCCGCGAGAAGAUCGUAAUGUCAAUGCUCUGCCCAAUCGGACCCGAGAGUAACAUUCUGGAACCGAACGAAUUGCAAGUGCACCGCCUAUUCUUGCCCCAACCGAUAUUGUCUCUGGGCGAUCUUGAGGUUCUCAAGCACACGACUCAUCGUAAUUGGAGAACAAAAGUGAUCGAUAUCACUUACCCUAUUGAAGACGGGCCUGGCGGUUUGUUGAAGACGCUGGAUCGCGUUAACACUGAGGCUAAUGCGGCUGCUAGGGCCGGUUAUCAGCUCCUCGUGCUAUCCGAUCGACAGGGUGGUCCGACAAGAGUUCCGGUAAGCAGCCUGUUAGCUCUGGGCGCUGCCCAUCAUCAUUUAAUCGAAGAGAGGCAGCGCAUGAAGGUCGGUCUCAUAUUGGAAACUGCCGAGGCUCGAGAGGUGCAUCAUAUUUGCGUGCUACUCGGUUACGGAGCAGAUGCCAUAUGUCCUUACUUAGUGUUCGAGAUGGCGAAAAAUCUGAGGGCGGAUCACGUUUUCGACGAAACUUUUAAUGACGAUAUUAUUUAUAAGAAUUACGCAGACGCUAUGGACCGAGGAAUCGCGAAAGUGAUGGCAAAGAUGGGAAUCUCAACCUUGCAAUCCUACAAAGGAGCGCAGAUAUUCGAAGCGGUUGGAUUGGCCGACGAAGUCAUCGAUAAAUGCUUUAAGGGUACUCAUUCUCGUAUUGGCGGCGUGACGUUCGAUAUUUUGGGCAAGGAGGCGUUCGAGCGGCAUCAAAUAACGUAUUGGGACAAACCAAUGGAUAUGCUGGUCAUUCGCAAUCCAGGGAUUUAUCACUGGCGAUCCGGCGGCGAGAAACAUAUCAAUGAUCCCGCGAGCAUUGCUAGUCUACAGGAAUAUGUUGUCUCCAAAAACAACCCUGCUUACGAAAAUUAUCGCAAGACCACGAUGGAAAUGGUGAAGGCUUGCACUCUGCGCGGCCAGCUGGAGCUGAAGAAGUCGCGCAAUCCGAUUUCCAUCACGGACGUGGAAGCCGCGUCGGAAAUUGUGAAACGCUUCGCGACUGGCGCGAUGAGUUUCGGCAGCAUUUCCAUGGAAGCUCAUGCUACCCUGGCAAUCGCUAUGAACCGCAUCGGCGGCAAGUCCAACACCGGCGAAGGCGGUGAAAACGCGGACAGAUAUCUGAACCAGGAUCCGGAGUUUAGCAAGCGUUCGUCUAUCAAGCAAGUAGCGAGUGGUCGCUUUGGCGUUACUGCCAGUUACCUGGCAAAUGCAGACGACUUGCAGAUCAAGAUGGCUCAGGGCGCGAAACCCGGUGAGGGCGGCGAGCUUCCCGGUUACAAGGUCACCGCAGAGAUCGCUGCCACCAGACACUCUGUACCUGGGGUCGGCUUGAUCUCGCCGCCACCGCAUCACGACAUCUAUUCGAUCGAGGAUCUGGCCGAGCUGAUUUACGAUCUCAAGUGCGCCAAUCCAAACGCCCGUAUCUCCGUCAAACUCGUGUCCGAGGUCGGGGUGGGCGUCGUCGCCGCCGGCGUCGCCAAGGGCAAGGCCGAGCACGUGGUGAUAUCAGGCCACGACGGCGGCACCGGCGCCAGCAGUUGGACCGGCAUCAAGUCCGCCGGAUUGCCCUGGGAGCUAGGCAUCGCCGAGACGCAUCAGGUGUUGACUCUAAACAAUCUGAGGUCGCGCAUGAUUGUUCAGGCGGACGGCCAGAUGCGCACGGGUUUCGACAUCGUGGUGGCUGCGCUGCUCGGUGCGGACGAGUUCGGCUUCAGCACCGCCCCGCUAAUCGCAAUGGGCUGCACAAUGAUGAGAAAGUGCCACCUGAACACGUGCCCGGUGGGCAUCGCCACGCAAGAUCCGGUAUUGCGAAAGAAAUUCGAGGGCAAGCCGGAACAUGUCAUCAAUUUCUUCUUCGCGUUGGCUGAAGAGGUACGUUCACACAUGGCAAACCUGGGAAUCCGCAAGUUCCAGGAUCUAAUCGGGCGCACAGACCUCCUUAAAGUACGCGACGACAAUUCUGAAAAAGCCAAGACCUUGAAUCUCAGCAAUAUCCUGCGAAACGCACUGGACUUGAGACCCGGCGUGAAUAUCAGAGGCGGCACUGUAAAACAAGACUUCCAGCUGGAGAACAGACUCGACAAUAAACUAAUUGAACUGGCCGAGCCUAUUUUGAACGGAGUACACACUCGAGUUGACAUGGAAAUGAAUAUCAACAACGAAUGUAGGGCAUUCGGAUCGACGCUGAGUUAUCAUGUAGCCAAACGAUUUGGAGAGGCUGGAUUGCCCGAACAUAGCAUCAAUAUCAAGAUGAAAGGCUCUGCGGGCCAGAGUUUCUGCGCUUUCAUGACGAAGGGUAUUCAUGUCACUCUUGAAGGCGAUGCUAACGAUUACGUCGGCAAAGGUCUCUGCGGAGGUGAAAUUGUCAUAUAUCCACCGAAGGAUUCCGAGUUCAACUCUGAGGCGAAUGUAAUCGUCGGGAAUGUCUGCCUUUACGGAGCUACUUCCGGAAAGGCCUAUUUCCGCGGCAUCGCUGCCGAGAGAUUCAGCGUGCGUAACAGUGGGGCGAUUGUUGUGGUGGAGGGCGUGGGUGAUCACGGUUGCGAAUACAUGACAGGCGGUUGCGCCUUGAUCCUGGGUCUUACCGGCAGGAAUUUCGCGGCCGGGAUGUCUGGUGGAAUCGCAUACGUGUUGGAUGUCGACGGCUCCUUCAAGAGCAAGUGCAACCCCGAAAUGGUGGAGUUGCUGCCGCUCACCAAACCGGAAGAAAUCGCCUACGUGAAACAACUGAUGGAGGAGUUUAUCGAGAAGACCGGCUCGUUGAUAGCGCAAGAUUUGCUCGUCUCGUGGCCCGAACCGACCACGAGAUUCGUCAAGGUCUUCCCUUACGAGUAUCAGCGAGCUCUCAAACAAAUGGAGGAGGCGAAGCAACAAACACCCAGCGUAAUUAACGGCAACACGCAGAUCACGAACGGCAAGAUCAAAGAUAUAGAGGACUCGAUAGAAGACGCGGAGAUGGCACAGCGAAAGCUGGACAAGAUCAAGGGUUUCAUGAAGUACUCGAGGCAAAAGGCCAUGUACAGACCGGUCGAAAAGCGUGUAGAGGACUGGGAUGAGAUAUACAACUUCCAGGGUGUCAGGAAGACUCUGCGGGUGCAAGCGGCAAGGUGCAUGGAGUGCGGUGUGCCGUUUUGCCAGAGCAGUCACGGUUGCCCGUUGGGCAACAUCAUUCCCAAGUGGAACGAUCUCGUAUUUCACCAGAACUGGAAGGAGGCCUUGAACCAAUUGUUGCAAACUAAUAAUUUCCCCGAGUUUACUGGAAGGGUCUGCCCCGCACCUUGCGAAGGUGCAUGCGUCCUAGGGAUCUCCGAACCACCGGUGACAAUCAAGAAUAUCGAGUGCGCCAUAAUCGAUCACGCGUUUGAGCAAGGUUGGAUAAGGCCUCAUCCACCGACUAGAAGAACCGGACGAUUAGUCGCUGUAGUCGGGUCCGGUCCCGCGGGACUAGCCGCCGCUCAUCAACUGAACAAAGCGGGUCACACGGUGACCGUAUUCGAGAGAAACGACAGAAUCGGUGGGCUGCUGCAGUACGGUAUACCGACGAUGAAGCUGUCGAAAGAGGUCGUACAGAGAAGAGUAUCUCUGCUCGCCGCGGAAGGAAUCAUCUUCCGAACGAAGGUCGAUGUAGGCAAGGAUAUUACAAUGCAGGAACUUCAAGAACAGUACGACGCGAUACUGUUGUGCACAGGCGCGACAUGGCCGCGAGAUCUGCCGAUUCCAGGUCGUCAGCUCGAGGGAAUUCACUUUGCCGUGAGCUUCCUAGAGCACUGGCAGAAGAAACAAAUGGGUAACGCGGCACCUCUGGACAUGCGACUGAUUGCCAAGGGCAAAGAUGUUGUCAUCAUAGGAGGCGGCGACACCGGAUGCGAUUGUAUAGCAACUUCGCUACGUCAGGGUGCGAAGACGAUCACGACCUUUGAAAUUCUGCCCGAACCGCCGGUUCAGAGGGGCAAGGAUAACCCGUGGCCUCAAUUCCCGCGAGUGUUCAAGGUCGAUUACGGCCACGAGGAGGUAUCCCUCAAGUUCGGCCGAGAUCCGCGUAGAUACAGUACAUUGAGCAAGGAAUUCUUGGACAACGGAAACGGCCACGUGAGUGGCAUCAAGACGGUAACCGUGGAAUGGCAAAAGGACGAGAAUGGUCGAUGGAAGAUGGAAGAGGUACCAAAUUCUGAGAAGGUGUACAAGUGUGACCUGGUACUGCUCGCCAUGGGCUUCCUCGGACCCGAGAAGUACAUCGCCACGGAAGUGAACGCCACCUUGGAUGAAAGAGGAAAUUAUAAGACUCCAGCCGGGAAAUAUUGCACUAGUUUACCCAAAAUAUAUGCGGCAGGCGAUUGCAGACGUGGACAGUCUCUCGUAGUGUGGGCGAUCGCAGAAGGUAGAUUGGCCGCGAAGGAGGUUGACUUGGCCUUGAUGGGAGAGACCGGCCUUCCCGGAAGCGGUGGUGUUAUAAUCGGCGUUAGCGCUUAAGGACCUUCACGACGAAUGUUGGUCUUCCAAUUAAAACGAGAAAAGAUCCACCGUGCACUCGUACUGCGAGAAAAGAGUCGUUACCGACCAUUGGGAGGGAAAGAGUCCUUGGGGAUCCAAGGACGCGAGCUCCAGGAUCCGAGGAUUCGAGAGUUUCACGAAUCCAAGGAGAUGCAAGCCUAGAAUUGUAGAGUUCAGAAAUCCAAGAGUCCGAAGAAUGUAAACGCGUUCGGAAAUUCACGGAUUCAAACUUCCAGCAAUGCAAUGACAGCUCCUAAGAAGAUCGAAGAAUUUUCUUAGGGCUGAACGAAUAUAUGACUUCAAAUUUGAAAAACCGAACAUCCAAAAGUCUUGAGAACUUAAAGACCAGAAAAUUCGUGUAUUCGAAUUGUAUGUUAUCUAAGAGUUAGGUCUUAGGGUUCAAGGGUUCAAAUAUUCAAGAAUCUAACAACGAGAACAGUAGAAAAACAAGUUCCACCUUUCACAGAUAUGAAAAUUGAAAAGUGAAGAUUAAAUUUUAAAAAUUAAAUUUUAAAGUAUGAAGAAAUGAAGGAUUGUAAAAUGAUAUAUAUGUAUGUAUCAUUGCAAGAAUUUAAAAGUCCUGUCAAGAAGUUUUGAAAACAAAAAAUUUUAAUACGGAAAUUUUAUCCAAGAAAUUGAAAAAUAUUAUAUUUCAAAAAAUUUUUAAUCAUACCUAAAUUACAUGGAAAAAAAAUUUAAUAAUUUUAUGACCUGCAAAUAUAACAGCUCUAAAGACGUAACAUUGAUUAAGCAGAAAAUAAGGAAUUUUAGAGGAAUUAAAUAAAGAGUUUGGAAUUCAAGUAUUUGCAGGACCAAAUGAUUAGAAGCAUUCGAGGAUUUAAGAAUCGAAGGAUUCUCAGACCUUGGUCUGAGAAUGUGAUAGUCAAGUGAGAAACGAAAAACGGAGUAAGACAAUUUUUGCGACGCGGAUCUCUUCUUAUCAGAGUAACCGGCAAGAGCAAACGUAACUUCUCCGUAACGUAGUGGAAUUGUCUAAACAUCUCGUUCGUCCAAUUAGAAUUAAUCACACGCAAGAGAAUUAAAAGCUUCGAGGAUAUGGAAAGAUACCAAAACGAGCUGGUAGCAGGAUCUACGUAACUUCACGUACGGAUUUAUAUUAGGCGGUAUACUUUGCCAAUUAACAUGUUUCCUUAACAUGCAACUGCAAAUCUAUUCUUUCGAAAAUAAAAUUAAAGGGACACGUUUCAGUAAGGCAUUAUUUGUAAGAUAAACCUACUACGAUACGUUCUAGCGUUUUUCAGUUCUCCAAAGCAAAUAUAUAUGUAAAAGCAGAAAUAUUCUCGAUUAUCUUUUACAUGCAGUUUAAAUGCUUCAAAUACACACAAUUAUAAAUUUAUUCCUUUAUGGACAAAAUGUUCGAUUGUAAUUAUUAACUAAAUGAAAUUUAUGUGUAAGUACAAAAAGUAUUCGUAUAUCGCCAUUUUUCUUCUGUAUGUUUUAAUUAGCAUUUAAGAAUGUAAACGUAAAUAGAUCAUGAAGCGUUAUACAAUAAAACAACAUUCAUGCAUUAUCUCUGUUUCUCUGAAUCUCAUUUUUUCUGUUAGUCAAUAAUAGAUAAACUCAACACCUAAAAGAUAUAGAUAUUAGAUAUGUGUAAAAUGUUUAGAUAUAGAUAUUAACAUUGUGUUGCUGCUGCGUCGUUUAUAAAAUUGCGACCCAUAUACUUGUAACGUUUAUUACUUUAUUAACAGUAUGGUGAAACGUAUUUUUAUAAUUAAAGAUGAUAUUUUUGUGGUAGAUUUUAUAUUGUUCCAUUAUUAUCGGAUAUUAACGAAUGUUCUUCAGAAGAAGAUUACGAAUUUAACGAAACCAAGUAAGGUUUGCUUUAAAUUAGAAAUUUAAAGACUACAAAUUAUUACUUAAGCGCCACAAACAGUUUACUCAUGGAGAUUUGUUUCCCCGAUUCUUUUGCAAUGCGUGAUGGACUACCGCAAAAUAAAAUGAUGGCAUACGAAUACUUUUACAGUACACUUACGUACUUUUCACUUUCAGUAUACAAUUACUAUAGUAUUUUUAGCGUUCUUGGGCAUUCGCCUAGGUUGCCUAGCGUAUUAUUGCGGAUCUGCUUAUAUUAUCGCUGAGAAAACGAAUUACCGAAGGAUCAUGUGCUAUAAUAUAAUUAAUAAGAAGACAAUGUAGAACUUGUAUUAUAUAUGUCGUUCACUGCAAUUCUAUAAUAAUAAUUCUGCCAGUUAACUCAGUCGAGUUUUUGCAAGCGAAUAGAAAACGUUACGUUAGCGAAUCGUUUAGGAUCGUUUAACCCCUUAACCGCACAUCUACAAUUAUGAUUAAGUACGGACUUGCUCAUAAAUUGAUUCCAAGUUCCGUUGACAUAAUAGCCAUGGCCUUCAUUGAGGCACUGCUCUAAUCUUAUAUUAGAACACGAGUAUUUGAAAAGCAUAAAAUGAAACAAUUUAAAAGUGGAAGGUUUACUGCUCUUAAUAAGGAUCGCGUGAUGCAAAUAUACACAAUAUUCAAAAUUUGCUGUAAUUCAUUAUUUAUUUACGUAAAGAGCGAUCGAGUUACUUUCAAUUAAACAUCGCAUCGCAUAAUCAUGUUAUAGUUUAAAUUUAAAUGUAAUUACUGCAAAUGAUGAAUUUAAUGUUUGAAUUUUAAGUAGGAAGAAAUAAAUCGUCAACAUCGGUUAAAGGGUUAAUAUCGACCGACAAUUGAUUGGGCGUCUUCGAUCGGGCGCUCUCGUGAGCUGAAAAUAUUAUUGAAUUGCGUUUAUAUAAAUUGCAGUUUCGCUUUUACUGGAAUCCUAUCGAGAAAAGAACCGUUAGUGCUUCUAAUUACGUAAGGUUCACAGUUUCAAAACAAAUAAGAAAAGAAAGAAUCUGCAGCUAGGCCUUAAAUUAGAAAUUUACCGCUAAAAGGUAAUUUAUCAUCAACGAAGAGAAGUUAACGUUUCAUAUUUAGACGCGAUUUAUUUUUAACGCAAUUUACCUUUUAAUUCCUAGCCUUGUAAAUUUCAAUACAUACAAUAUCUUGAGACAAUAAAUAUAUAUAUUGAAUGUUACGAGC